CACCCCGACCUAUAGAUGGUGGUAAACACUCAAACUAAGGAAAAGAAGCGAGUGACGUCACAUCCGUAAACAAGUGUUAGCUUUAGCAAUGUUAUAGCUUGCUUUCUCUACCGUUCGUUCAACUAAUGUCUUCGUGUAAACAGCGCCCAUUUUAGCUAACUGGGUUUUACUUCCACCUGCUGUAUUUGCGGCGCUACAGAUGUCUGAAGAGGACACGUCAUGUGGGAACAAAGAAACAUCGAGUAAAGAAGACGACUCUACAGCCAAAGAGUCUACGAAAGACAACGAUUAUAAACGAGUUUUGAAACAGGUGGGAAUUACGAGCAGUGCCUUCAUUGGUCCAUCCUUUCAACCAGAGAAGAACACACCCACGUCUGAUGUGGAGGACACACUCACUGCCUUUUACAAGGAGAUUGAGGAGAUCUGUGAAAAGGCUGCUGAGGAAAAUGAUGCUCGUCUCCAAACAGCCCAAGCAUCUGAAGAAGCACAGGACACACCAGUGGAAGACACAUUCAGACUUUCAGAGAUAGAUUCUCCCCAACAGAGAAGCAGUGCACACAAAGAAGCACCCUGGUCCAGACCAGUGGAAGACACAGUCAGACUUUCAGAGAUAGAUUCUCCCCGACAGAGAAGUAGUGCACACAAAGAAGCACCCUGGUCCCAUUGGUAUAACAAUGAGCCCUACUAUACUAAAAGGCCAAAAAACAUGAACUCUGACAGGUUUGCAUCUAAUCAGAAUCCUCCUCUUCCGCCACUAAACCAACCAGAACCCAGAUUGCACCACCCUCCUUUUCCAAAUUACACCCCCCCACCGCAGCACUGGUAUCCCACCAGUGACCACCAUUACCAACAGUUCCCAGCACCUGAAUGCCACCAUUACCCACCUCAGCCUCAGCCUCGGUUCCCAGCACCUGAAUGCAACCCAGUCUAUCAGGACAGGCAUUGUGGCGGUUCUAGUUUUGAUGCUCGCGAUGACGUAAAUGCCAGGUGGUCCCGAGAUGCACCUGAAUUGCACUUUGAGGACAGAUGCCAAGCGUGGGAGCAGCCGAGUCACUCCGGACCACUGGACGGGCCGUCCUUGGUGCUCAUCCUGAUGCGCGGCCUACCAGGCUCUGGCAAAUCCACAAUGGCAAGGGAGUUGCUCUCAACUGGUCCCAGUGGCUUAAUACUGAGCACAGACGACUACUUUGAGAUAAAUGAUGGAUAUGAUCCAGGCCUUCUUGGCGCGGCACACGAGUGGAACCAGAGAAGAGCUAGCAACGCUAUGCAUGACAGCCGCUCUCCUAUCAUCAUCGACAACACAAACCUGCAAGCCUGGGAGAUGAAGCCUUAUGUCAGUAUGGCCUUGCAGAGAGGAUACCGAGUGGACUUUUGUGAGCCCAACACCAGCUGGAAGUUUGAUCCCUUUGAGCUGGAGAAGCGGAACAAACACGGCGUAACUCAGAAGAAGAUCGCAAAGAUGCUGGAUCGCUUUUUUUCCCCAGUUUCCAUUGACGACGUCAUGAGCUCACAGGAGCCGCAUCACGUCAACCAGCGGCGCCAAAAGUGAGCGCUCCCAUAGUGGAACAGUUUGGGAGCGUUUUUGAUCUCACGUUUCUACAUGGUUUUAAACCACUGAUUUGUACACUUAAAAAUAUAUUAAUUUUAUAUUAUUAACCACAUCUUGCAUUGUUCUAAGAUGUGAUAUGUUGCUAUUUAUAUUUGUCAAAGGAAAGAGUAAAUUCUUCACAGUUUUCUAAUUACGGGAUGAACCUGUGAACAAACAGUGCAUCCGGAAGGUUUUCACAGUGCUUCACUUAUUUCAACAUUUUGUUAUGUUACAGCCUUAUUCCAAGAUGGACUAAAUUAAUUUUGUCCUCAAAAUUCUACACACCAUACCCAUAAUUGCAACGUGAAAAGUUUCAAAAUGUUGUUUUAAAGUAAAGUUAAAGUACCAAUGAUUGUCACACACACACUAGGUGUGGUAAAAUGUGUCCUCUGCAUCUGACCCAUCCCCUUGUUCACCCCCUGGGAAGUGAGGGGAGCAGUGGGCAGCAGCGGUGCCGCACCCGGGAAGGCAAUGUAUUAAAAAUGUAAAUAAAAAAAAUAUAUAUUUACAUAUGUACUCACAGCCUUUGCUCAAUACUUUGUUAAUGAACCCAUGGCAUCAAUUAAAACCUCAAAUAAUUUUGAGAUUUAAAGCCACAAGCUUGGCACACCUGUCUUUGGAUAGUUUUGCCCAUUCCUCUGUGCAGCACCUCUCAAGCUCCAUCAGGUUGGAUGGAAAGCAUCAGUUUUCAUCCAGGAAGUCUUUGUACAUUGCUGCAUUCAUCUUAAUCUAGUCAGGGAGGUGACCAAGGACAUGAGUCACCCUGUCAGAGCUACAUCAUUAUUCUGUGGGGAAAAAAAAGAACCUUUAAGAAGGACAACCAUCUGGUCAACAAUCCCAUCAAUUAGGCCUGUAUGGUAGAAUGGCCAGACGGAAGCCAUUUUUAUAGUAAAACGUUUGCCAAAAUGUACCUGAAAAACUCUCAAGACCAUGUGAAACAAAAUUUUCUGGUCUGAUGACACAAAGAUUGAAUUAUUUGGUGUGAAUGACAGACGUCGUGUUUGGAGGAAACCAGGCACCGCUCAUCACCAGGACAGUACCAUCGCUACAGUGAAGCAUGGUGGUGGCAGCAGCAUCAUGAUAUGGGGAUGUUUUUCAGUGGCAGAAACUGGGAUAGAGGGAAAUAUGAAUGCAGCAUGGAUGAAAACCAAUGCUCCCCAUCCAACCUGAUGGAGCUUGAGAAGUGCUGUAUAGAGGAAUGGGCAAAACUGUCCAAAGAUAGGUGUGCCAAGCUUGUGGCAUUGAAUUCAAAAAGACUUGGGGCUGCAAUUGCUGCCAAAGGUGCAUCAACAAAGUAUUGAGCAAGGGCUGUGAAUACAUAUAUACAUAGAUUUUAUAAUUAUAUAUAUAAGGCUGUAACAUAUGUGGAAAAUUCUGGAUGCACUGUAUUUUAUAUUCCAUGCUCACACAAAACUGCCCCUUUUAUUGUGUUGAUAUAAUUUCUUGAGAUCUCACAGGAAAAUAGUGUGAAGUUCCCAGGUAUCAACAUCAGCAUAACUGCUGCAGCAAUACAGGUGCAUACACCCUUUCAUCUUCAUCAUACGACCCAAUGAGAUCAAUACAAGAGCUGUAAAGUAUUCAUUGAACAACAGUUGUCAUUGAGGUGUAGGAAUACACUACAUCGCACUGUUUUUUGUUUUUUUUUAGAUUCAAUUCCACCAUAGACCGAACUAUCAUGUUCGUCCUUCGUUUUCGAAGAUGACCAGGUGACUUCACGUUGAUUUGUGUGUGCGAAGAUGGCUGAUGAGGCCAAUCCUUGCACAGAAUGACCGGCUGCAGUGAGGGAAGGUUAUGGCUGGGGGGUGGCUGGCUGAGAGGGAGGAACAGUCUCUGGUCUUGCGGAGCUGUCGCUUCUGUUCGGCUUCAUGGAUGCGUUUUUCCUCGAAGUCUGCUACACCAUGCCAGACUGCAGAGCGCCAGUUUGAACGGUGUUGGGCAUCAGCUUUCCCUGGUCUCUGGGUCCAGACCACAGCCCUUGAGACUGGUCUUUAGGGCGUCCUUAGAGCGUUUCCGCUGUCCGCCGCGUGAGCGCUUUCCAUGGUGCAGUUCACCAUACAGAAGCAUUUUUGGUAGGCGUUUGUUUGACAUUCGGCACACAUGGCCAGCCCAUCUCAGCUGGGAACGCUUGAGGAUGGCAUAGAUGCUCUCCAUCUCAGCCCUGUGGAGGACCUCAUUGUCUGGGAUCUUGUCCUGCCACCUGAUGUUGAGCAGCCUCCUGAGGGAUCUCAUGUGGAAGGUGUUGAGUUGUUUACCGUGCCAGCUUUAUUCAGUCCAGGUCUCACAGGCAUACAGCGGGGAGGGUAGGACAACAGCAAGCUAGACCUUACAUGUGUACUUAAUGUCAGCAACUUAUGUGGAAUGGAUCCCUGUCACAAAGUGAGACCUUUAAGUUCCCCAUGUAUAAUCAAGUGAACUACACUAUUUUUGCAGUACCACCUCUGACCGCAGAGUUGCGCUUGUGAGUUAAAAUAUAGUAGCAGGUACAAGAGGAGCCAAGUGUCAUUGUCCAAGAUAUUACUAAAACCAAGAGGGUGAUAGCAAUACCAUCUUUGUCCACAGGAUGGCACUGGUGGUUGCAGUAUUAAACUAACCACAGGAUAGUGCCAAUGAGUCAAGAUCUAGGAAAUAGGCAAGCCUCCUCUCCAAGGAGCAAGAAGAACAUGUUUACACAUUACCAAUACCAGCAGGAGAAUAUCAAUACUUUGAAAUAAUCCUCUAACGUUUUCUUGGAAAUGUUUUCUUUUUUGUUUAGUUGCUGUUGUAUUACAUUACCUAACUCAGGGUAUAAGGAUCGAUACUUUUGAGUUUUCUGUUUAUUUUCAGUGAAUGUGUCUUUUUUUUGUUGCUCAUAUGGUAUAAUUACACACCAUCAUACUUUGUAUUGUAUUAACAAACUCAGGGAAUACUACUAAGACCCAACUGAUUUGAAUGAAUCAUUUAGUUUCGGUGUAUAUAAUUAUGUUCUAAGUAAUUGUGCGAAUGUGAGUGUGAAUGUUGUCUAUCUGAGGUGGCGACUUGUUCAAGGGACCGCCUUCCGCCCGAUUGUUGCUGAGAUGGGCACUAGUGCCUCUCGCGACCCCAAAGUGAAUAAGCGGUAGGAAAUGGAUGGAUGGAUAAUUGUGUGCAAACAAGUAACGGGGGCAAAACACCAUUUGAAUACAUUGUCCUUUUAUUGAGGUAUUUACAAUAACUUUCUAAGUUUGUUGAUUAAAUGUGUUUUUGUUUAACGGCAA